AUGUCUAACGUUCUCCAAGGAAUGGACGAGAGGAACCAGACUGGGGUCCCAGAAUUUCUCGUCCUGGGAUUCGGAAACCUCCACAACCUCAGGAUAUUACUUUUCAUCCUCUUCCUGGUUAUCUAUGUCAUGGUCUUAUCGGCAAAUGUCCUCGUCAUUGCAUUGGUUGGAGCCAACCAGAGCCUCCACUCCCCCAUGUACUUCUUCCUCAGCCAGUUGUCCCUGUCGGAAAUCCUCUUCACCAGUAACAUUGUGCCCAACAUGCUAUGGCUGAUACUGGCUGGGGGCGGAAAGAUAUCAGUUGCCCGGUGUAUAUUCCAGUUCUAUUUAUUAGCUGUUCCAACCAUAUCCCAAUGUUUGUUGUUGGCAGCCAUGUCCUUGGAUCGCCACGUGGCCAUCUGUAGACCAUUACACUAUGCCAACAUUAUGACCUUCACACGUCAGAAUCAGAUAGUCUCCUUCUGCUGGCUGAUGGGCUUCACAUGCUCACUUGUUAUAUACAUAUUCUUGAGCAAAUUACAAUUCUGUGGUCUUACAAUAAUUAAUCACUUCUUUUGCGAUAUUAUGUCACUAAUAAGACUGUCUUGCUCCGAUACGAUGCCUGUGCAACUGGCCACCGCGGUGGUUGCUAUUCCUGUCCUUUUGUCUCCAUCCAUGUUCAUCCUGGUUACCUACAUCUCUAUACUUCACAUCAUCCUCAAGAUGCCCUCCAUCAGUGGCCGACAUAAAGCCUUCUCCACCUGCAGCUCCCACUUAACCAUUGUGUGUGUCUACUACGGAACCUUUGGGUUUAUAUAUCUAUUCCCCACCAAUAAUAACGUUGUGAAUACAAACAAAGGACUCUCUUUACUUUACACACUGGUGACGCCAUUGCUCAACCCAAUAAUCUACAGCUUGAGGAGCCAAGACAUCAGAUCUGCCGUUUAUAAAUCUGUCAGAACUUUUAUGCCAUGGAAAUCAAUGUACUGGUAUCUGGAAAGACCAGGCUGGAAACAAAUUCUAUAA